AUGGACGUCGCCGUCGCCGCUCAUCGCGGACUGCAUGCAGAGAACGAGACGAACGCGACAACGGAGACGACCGCUUUGCAACAGGCGUCGCUUGGUCAGCUCGUACUUACGGGAACGCUCUUCGGGCUCAUCCACGUGCUGACAGGUCCCGACCACCUCAGCGCCUUGGCGACGCUCUCCGCUGGGACGUCGUGGCGCUCCUUUUCGCUCGGGAUGCGAUGGGGUUGCGGCCACAGUAUCGGCCUUAUGGUUAUGGCCGUUAUCUUUGUCGCUCUGGACGGGCAACUGGACUUCACGGUGCUCAACGUGGUCACGGACGUCAUUGUCGGUGUCUUUAUGAUUGCAUUGGGCCUCUACGGUGUGCUCGAAGGUGUGAAGAAGGCGAGACGGAGCAAGCGACGAGGCACAGCACAAAGGCAGUGGGACAGCUGUGGUAAACAUGAGUCGGAGGAGGAGAAGAUGAUGAAGAAGAAGAAGGUGGAAACAGGUGUGUCGGACGAGACGGAAGACGAGACUGGGGAAGGAUCAGAGACGGAGAUGAAGACAACAGUCGACUCGGAUGGGAGUCCCACUCGCAUUCUACUGAACGGAGAAGCGACUCCAUCGCCUGACGAGAUUGUCGUGUCUUCCAGCAGCAGGUGCGACGAGGAGGUGCCACUCGAUGCACGGUGGAGAAGGUCGGAGGCUAUGAGGAUAGGAGAGUCGUGUGACGCCAGUGCUGGCGAGAAGUCGCUGACGGUGGACAUGGCCGCAGAACUAUCACGACGACAUUCAGACAGUGAAGAGACCAUGUCAACGGCUACUAGUCCGUGUGAGAGUGCGGUAGCGCUAGAAGAGCUGUUGCCGGAUCGCAGCGAAUCACUUGACGAAGCGGGAUGCAGGAUUGACGACGCAGAGUACGGCACCGGUCUCAUAUGCUGCGGCAUCAGGUUGCCGACGAUCGACUUUCAGAACGCACGGACGCAAAAGUGCACGGCGUUGCUCGUAGGUAUCGUGCAUGGAAUCGCGGGGCCAGGUGGAAUCCUCGGUGUCUUGCCAGCAGUAGGGCUACACGACACCAUCAAGUCGUUCACCUAUCUCUGCUCCUUCUGCUUGACAUCCAUUGUCACAAUGGGUGUCUUUGCUGCUGCAUACGGUGAGGCUACAGGUCGACUUGGCGACCGUUCCGAGGUCCUGGCCUUCCGCGUAUCUAUGUUUUCGUCUUCACUGUCGGUGGUCGUGGGCGUCCUCUGGCUAGUGCUUACUGCCAUGGGCAAGCUCCAGGAAGUCUUUGGCUGA